UAAAUCCCUAGAACAUGCAGACGUUUUAGGAUCUCAUUGUAUGGCUCAGAAGGCCUAACAUGGUACUCGCCCGGCAAGAUUAAUCUCUCAAAAGAUACUUAUACAAAUUUUCACUUUCGAUAUACAAAGAUUUGUACUUCUUCUAAUUUAUUUUAGGCAACGUAGCUAUUAGUGGGCUCCCUGUUAGUUUGUAGAGGCGGGCCAUCUCUCACAACAAGGGGCUUCGUAAAGUUCGCUCGUUAGAAUGCAAGCCCUACUUUAGUUUGUUUACACAGCACCUACGAGGAUGGACACUUCAAUACAGUUUAAUGGGAAGAAGGCGCUCGUCACAGGGGCUGGGAAAGGUCUUGGAAGAGAUUUAGUGAAAGUCCUUGCUAAAUGUGGUGCUGAAGUCUGCGCUUUGAGCAGGACACGGGCUGAUUUGGAUUCCCUUAAAGAAGAGGUACCGGGAGUACGCACAGUAUGUGUUGACAUAUCUGACUGGAAGGCCACCAGGAAAGCAGUCCAGGAGGCAGGACACUUUGAUCUCCUUAUCAAUAAUGCAGCCGUCAGUUUUGUUCUGCCAUUCUUGGAGGUUACAGAGGAAAACCUUAGCAUGCAUUUAGACGUUAACUUGAAGGCAAUGUUUAACAUUUCUCAGGUGGUUGCCAAGAGUAUGAUAGACAAGGGUACAGGAGGGUCCAUAGUGAAUGUGUCCAGUGUGGCCUCACAUUGUGCCUUGCUUGACCACAGUGUCUACUGCUCCAUUAAGGCAGCAGUGGACAUGCUGACCAAGUGUAUGUGUUUAGAACUGGGGAAGUACAAGAUCCGUGUGAACUCAGUCAAUCCCACUGUUAUCUUAACUCCAAUGGGGCAGAGAGUUUGGGGGGAUGACCCAGUCAAGAGUAAACCACUGCUGGACAGAAUACCUACAGGGAGAUUUGCAGAAAUAGAAGAUGUUACAGGGGUCAUACUUUUCCUGCUCAGUGACAAAGCAGCCAUGGUCAACGGCCAUAACAUGUCUGUGGAUGGCGGGUUUUCCAUUUAACUUCCAUGGAGUCCAGUCUGCUGUAUAAGCAUAUUGUAAUUUUACAUCAUUCCUCUCUUCUCAGUGACAGCUACUCACUGAUGCCAAUAAAAAAAAUCAAUUAAAAAAAAUCAUUGAACAUUGUUUACAUUUAAUUAAUCGUGCCAUCUUGACAUUAAAAAUAUAUAUGGAUCUUUCUUGCAUUUAUGCAUGCAUAAUUGUAAAAGCAGUGCCUUUUUUUGAAAAUUGUCCUGUGAUUUUAUAAAGCACAAUUUACUUUUUAUCAUCAUUCCUUAGCAUGGUAGAAGGUUGUACUUGCUGUUAGCGUUAUAUCUCAUUUAAAUUAGAUUAUUGGAGUAUAAAUGACAGGAAUUGUAUUUCCAAGACAAUGUUAGAAGAUACGAUUAGGUGCCAUCAGUCUAUACCACAUUAAUAAUAAUAAUAAUAGUAAUAUAAGUAGCCAUUAUUAUCAUUUGUCCAAGGCAGAUCAGAUUAUGGUGCUCAUUACAGGGUCCAAUACUCUGGGGCCUGUGUUAUUAAAAAUAAUUAUGUUAUUAAAUAUAAUUACUACGUGGUCAGAGAAUUUAUUUCAUAUACUUAUUGAUUCUUAAGAUAUUCAUAUAUAAAGUGUUUGUUAAUUUCAUUAAUGUAGCUUUUCACUGCCAAUGAAUUGUGCAUUUUUUAGUUAAGCAAUCUUUCCUUGCAUUGGCAAUGAGCAUUUUUGUUAAUUUUCACAAUGACAAAUUGUGUCCAACAAAAUCCUGUUUAAUUUGUAAUAAUCAAUUAUUACAUAGUCUAAGGUAAGUGAGGAGUUCCACAGAAAUCAUUGCUAGAAUCAUAAAAUUAUUGAUGAAUUCUGUACUGUUAUCACUGCAGCAACUGUCUCCUAGUGACACAAAUUAACUCAUGAAUGUGUCCCACAUAAGUUUGAAAUAAAUACGUCCCUUUGCUCAAGUCCUAAAGCCAUUUUUACAGAUGCACAAUGAGUACUAGACCUUAAAAA